AGCAGCACACAUGACAUGCACACACACACACACUGGCACACAAAAACAGACAACAGGGCCUACCAGACAAAAUCAGGAUAUGACAUCAUACACAGGAAGGGAAGCCAAGUAACUUUUCAGCUUGUUGUUUUUACUCUAUACUGUAUUCUUAACUGGGUUUUGGAGGGAUAAGACCGGCUGAUGAGUGGGAAAGGGAAAGAAUCCUCACAAGACAAUUUGGAUUUUAACUGUUCCCUCUUGGAAAGAACAGGAGCCAGAGGAAUUCUUUUCAAGUUUCCCACAACAUUCCAAGUGUCUACAGCGGGACUAAAGCCAAAUUCUUUAGAAACUUCCUUAUCGGAUGGGACGAGGGCCCAGGGAAUCAUAAGAGUCAACAUUCACAACUGUCCGGAUCCUGACUGGAUCCGACUCCUCCAUCACCCUGCUCAGUUCAGCAAUGGCUCUGUGCCUGGGUCAGGUUUUCAGCAAAGACAAAACAUUCCGGCCUCGAAAGCGUUUUGAACCUGGGACCCAGCGUUUUGAGCUGUACAAAAGAGCCCAAGCGUCUCUGAAAUCAGGCCUUGACCUGAGGAAAGUGGUGCAGCUGCCGGAUGGGGAGAACAUUAAUGACUGGAUAGCUGUGCACGUGGUGGAUUUCUUUAAUCGAAUCAACCUCAUCUACGGGACUGUGAGCGAGUUCUGCACUGAGAAGAGCUGUCCCAUCAUGUCUGGAGGGCCACGUUAUGAAUACAGGUGGCAGGAUGGGGAUCAAUACAAGAGACCCACCAAACUGCCUGCUCUUAUUUACAUGAACCUCCUGAUGAACUGGAUCGAGUCACUCAUCAAUAAUGAGGACAUCUUUCCUACACGAGUAGGAGUCCCUUUUCCAAAGAACUUUCAGCAGGUGUGCAAAAAGAUUCUGAGUCGGUUGUUUCGGGUGUUUGUACAUGUGUACAUCCAUCACUUUGACAUGAUCUGUAGCAUGGGGGCUGAGGCUCACAUCAACACCUGCUACAAACACUACUAUUUCUUCAUCUCUGAGUUCAGCCUUAUCGACCACUCGGAGCUGGAGCCACUGAAAGAAAUGACAGAGAGGAUCUGCCAUUGAAAGAUGUGGAGAAUGGAUGUGCAUCCAAAAGCACAAACAACUUCAAUCAUUCAGGCCAAAAUAAUAAUGUACUUGAGGUCUGAUCUAAGAUCAGGCGAGAUCUGAGAC